CAAAACAAUUUACUAUCUUCGAUUUACUAGAAUAAUACAAAUCCAAUUUUCUAUUAUCCAAAUUGUUUAAAAAUGGUGAAAACAAUAGAUGAGAACGAAAAUGGAGAAAACUACAUUUGUGUUCCAGGGCAGAGGCUAUGUGCGGUUACCGAGUACACGGUGGGCGGUGAAGGUACCUACGAAAAAUUAGGUUACUUGCACGCUAGUCUAUCCGGCGUAGUGAGAAUCCGUAAGCGGCACAAGAACAAUUAUAUCUCUGUGGCAUCCUUCGGAAGCAAGACAGUGGUACCAGUCGUAGGAGACGUCGUUACCGCCAAGAUCACAGUUAUAAAUCAACGGUUUGCUAAAUGUGUUAUCAUUUGUAUAGGAAAAACAUGUCUCAACAGAACUUACAGAGGGAUUCUGCGAAAGGAAGACGUACGUGCAACGGAAAAAGAUCGCGUUGAAAUGUACAAAUGCUUUCGACCGGGUGAUGUCAUCCUGGCGCGAGUGCUCCCACUAGUUGAACUAAACACAUAUCACUUGACUACGGCUGAAAAUGAGCUUGGUGUUGCAGUCGCUAUGUCAAACAAAAGCUCCGAACCUACACCUAUGGUCCCAGUCGGCUGGACAGAGAUGCAAUGCCCAGUAACGUUGGCUAAAGAACCUCGAAAAGUUGCGAAGAUUGUUCCAGAAACUGCGCCACCUAAUUAUGAUGGAAAGCUUUAAAACUUGGAUCAUAAAUAAAAUAUUUUCACGC